CAAUUUUGUGCACUUCAAAUGUUUGACAUUCUUGCGCAACAAUCGGGAUCAUUCUGGGAAGUUCAAACAUCAAGAGUAUGUAACUCCGCUGCAACCGAGGAUGUUCAGCCAAAAAAAAAUCUUUAGUUUCUCACAGGAAAGUUAUCUAUCUUCUUUCACACUUCGUUCCAUUAUCAGUUACUGCUUUGUCAUCUUACUUCCUCCUUUGCAUAUCAAUUAUGUCUACCGAGAGAAGUGAUACUGAGCCUCUUCUUGGUAAACAGAAGCAGCAGCAGUAUGGAGCAUCUACCACCGAGCAUAGUGCCGAAUCCAGCGACAGCGAAAUAACGAUUAUCACAAGCACAGCUGCCGUACCCAAACCAGAUGAUACUUUACCCAGUGGAUCCAACAUUGUAUUUGUAUUGAUGGGCUUGUGGAUGGGCGUAUUCCUUAGCUCCUUGGACAGCUCUAUCGUCAGCACAAUUCUCACAAGGAUAGGAAGCGACUUCAAUAGAUACAAUGACGCUGUAUGGGUGGCAACUUCAUAUCUCAUAUCAUAUACAGCCCUCCAACCUCUAUAUGGGCGAAUCAGCGAUGCCAUAGGACGCAAGAAUACUUUACUUUUUGCCAGCAGCACUUUUUUCAUUGGAUCUUUGCUAUGUGGUGCAGCACCCAAUUUUUGGUUCCUUGUAGCUGCUCGUGUUGUAGCAGGUAUUGGAGGUGGAGGAAUGAAUACUAUGUCAAGUAUUGUUACCAGUGACCUGGUUUCCCUCCGAGAUCGCGGAAAAUAUCAAGGAUACGGUAACUUGAGCUACGCACUCGGUAGUGUUAUUGGUGGUCCAUUAGGAGGCUUUAUCACCGACUAUUAUAACUGGAGAUGGACAUUUUAUAUCAACUUGCCGCUACUCUUUUUGACCUUCUAUGUCACUGGGGUUCACAUCAAGAAUUACAAUGUUAAGCGUGAGGCGGACGGAUCGUUCCAUUACCUGAGUAAGCUUCGCGAGGUCGACUGGGUUGGUGCCGUUACGCUGGUGAUCUCUGUCGCACUAUUUAUGCUAGCCACGUCCUUGGGUGGUAAUUCACUCCCUUGGUCACAUCCUUUGGUUAUCGGCUCACUUUCUGGAUCGGCUGCGGGAGUUAUUUUGUUUACUGUCGUAGAGGCAAAGUAUGCAAAAUAUCCCAUCAUGCCAUGGCACAUCAUCACUCAACGCACUCCUCUUGCUUCAUCCUUCACCAAUUUUUGGUCUCUUAUGUGUAGUAUGAGUUUGGUUUUCCUUGUACCCCUCUACUUUCAAAGUAUUCUUGGAUUUUCAGCUUCCAAAGCGGGUGUGUAUAUGCUACCCAAAAUUUUAGCCUCUUCAGCUGGAUCGUUGAUCGCUGGUUAUUAUAUGUCACACACUGGUCGCUACAAAGGAUUCUGCAUAUGCUCUGGUAUAUCGCUUAUUCUUGGUGCUGCGAUCAUCACUUCUUGGACACCGCAAUCUAGUGCUUGGUGGAUGGCCCUCGGUAAUAUUCUAGAUGGAUAUGCCCUUGGUAGCUUGCUUACUACUACCCUGGUCAGCCUGUUAGCGGCUGUAGAAGUUAAAGAUUCCGCUACUAUUAUAUCUAUUUCUUAUUUAUUCAGAACAACUGGUGGUGUUCUGGGUGUUUCAACCUGUCAAGGCGUCUUCCAAGCUGUUCUUAAAACUCAGCUAGUUGAAAAGGUCAAGGUACCCAAUGCGGCUGAGAUUAUUGACGCUGUUCGCAAGUCUGUGUCUGUAAUUUGGGAGUUACCUGAAGACGUUAGAGAAAUGGUUUUGGAGGCGUAUCUCAUCGCCAUCAAGUAUGCCUUUUCUCUGACCAUUGUGUUUGCUGUAUUGGCGCUGGUCAGUGUCAGCUUUGUCGAGAGACUCGAGCUCACCACUAAAGUUCGCAAAUAGAUCCAAGUUGCUUGAUUGUGGAACUUACAGUUAACCUUAAAUGCUUUUAAUGAGCCCAAUAAACCCUAUAUAUCCCAUGUAUGCAAAACGG